AUGAUCUUGGUUACUGGCAAUCGUUUAUUGUUCACUUCCAUCUCUUCCGAAAACACCGGAAAAUAUCGUUGUCGCGCACACACGUCAGAAGGAAUAUUAGAAACCUCAGCUCUCUUAAACGUUGAAAAUGAUGAGGAAACUGAAGCAGAAAAACGCCGGAGAAAGCAUCUACAUAGACCCAAAAUAACUAAAAGACCUCCAGAACAACCUAAAGGCGUUGAAUAUACUUUAGCUGAAAAUAAUGAAGAGGGGAAACAACAUAGUUUACAUACCGAAGUGGUUGAACUUGGACGGCCAGCCCCCACCUACCCCUCUAGACGUCGUCGUCUACGUAGACUAAGGCAUCAAAGAAGACGUGCACUUGUUAAAAAAGGAGAUGUUGGAGUGGUUAUAUUAAAUGCCUCAAAAGAUAAGAAAAAUGUGCAAAAACAGAAGGUUAGAGGAGAUAAUUUGAGGCGCAGGGCUGAGAGAUAUCACAGAGCCGAACGUUCACACAAUAACCAUGCAAAGCAUUACCAUAAUUAUGAAAUUAGACACGAUCUACCGCCUGUUUCUGGGCGACAUAGCACUUUUGGUUCUUGGUUUUGGUCUUGA